GGGAUCCACGCCUCUCUCCCCGACCCGGAGAUGUCGCGCCCUCGCUCCAACGGACUCCUUUCACCGCACAGGCUACUGUUGAAGCGUGGGACGAAUCCACCUGUGUAGCUUGUGGAGCUGUCGCAGCGAUCACUCCCUACACGCGGUGCUGAUCGUGAGUGCAUUCACUCCAUCGCCCUUGCUCGCUCUCAUUGCUCAUCCUCGGCGCCAGUUGUGUGUAUGUGUGUGUUUUGCGGAGCUGGGUCUUGUCUCGGUAGAUGUACUUGUGAAAGCUUGAAGCAAGCUUAUUGGAGUUCUGUGUGAGAGCUGGAGGUCUUUUUUUUUCGAAUGAGGACCGAGGCUGGAACUUGGCUGCAUUUGACAGAGGCUUUGUUAGUGGUUGUAUUGCAUCGGUUCCUGAACUAAAGAAAUGACUGAAGAUGCUGCUUCAACCUGAGUGAACACAUGUCGAUCUAGAUUGAUCUCAAUCUUACUCAUUCAUUGAAAUGCAUCAAGUGCGGAUGUUUUAAAAAAAUGGAUGUUGCAGGUUUGGGUCAAAUCAUCGCUGCAAUCCUUGGGAAAGAAUGUGAGACCUAAACCGGAUGAUACUUUGGAGGAGUGCCAGAAGUUGCAUUCGAUGGGACGAUGAUGGUGGUUUCAAACCUCCAAGCUGGUGAUUAGGAGUAGAACUGCAGUCAGAUAGUUUGACCAAUUUGAACACGUGCAGCCGUGCUGUAUCGCUGAAGUUAACCACAUUUCACAGCGAAACAGCAUUUACAGGGUUCAUGCUCUCAGUGCUGAUUGAUACUAAGAACGGUUCAGAGGUAUGGACAGGCGGAGUGGCGCUAUUGGGCUUUGUUGAUUUAGCAUCUGGACCUACAGAAUUCGUGAUUGUGUUUUUUGGACGUAAGUAUGGAUCUAGUGCACGGAGGGCCGACCAGUAGGCCAACAUAAGGUGCAAUCCUCUCAUAUGGCUUGAAGGUUGCAGCUUGGCGGUUUUGUUUUUAUCCUUAAGGUUAUGCGAUAUAGCUCCUUGCGCUUGCCAACUAUGCGGGCAGCCGAAUGAUCCACUUCUCAGCCAUGGGGUAUCUAUCCUGUCGAACGGAAGCUGCUAUCGGAACUUGUGAAUCCGUACACUUGAAGCAGAAAAAUCAAUUGAUCAAAAAAGCCACGAAGCCGCGAAAUAUCAUCCCACGAGUUUUCUCUUUCUCUGAACUCAGAGAUGCAACUUUGAAUUUUGCGGAAAGCCGUCUUCUUGGCAAGGGUAGUCACGGGUUGGUAUACAAGGGGGUGCUAAAGGAUGGGAAGGAAGUAGCGGUCAAAAGAGCAACACAUGCGCGUCAGCUUCUCCAAGAUGAAACCUCCUUCGAUAAUGAGCUUGAGAUAUUGUCCAAGAUCUGGAGUGAAAGGUUUGUCAACUUACUGGGGUACACUCGUGAGGAGGACGAGAAGCUUUUAGUUGUAGAAUACAUGUCCAAUGGCACGCUGCAUGACAACCUUCAUGACAACUUCAAAACUACGCUCAAUUGGAUGAUGCGUAUUGAAUUAGCUCUGCAAAUCGCGAGAGGCAUUUUCACUCUCCACUCGGCUUCGCCUCCCAUCAUACACAGGGACAUAAAGUCCUCUAACGUGCUGAUUGACGAAACUUGGAAAGCUAGGCUUGGUGAUUUCGGUUUGGCUCUAAGAGGCAACAUCGAGGAUAUGUUGAAGUCCUCAACUCCACCAGCAGGUACAAUGGGUUACUUGGACCCUGAGUACGAGACUCCAUCGGAUCUGAGCACCAAAACGGAUGUCUUCAGUUUUGGAAUUCUUCUGCUUGAGAUGAUUAGCGGCAGGAAUGCGAUCGAUCUAGCCUACGAACCCCCAUGCAUUCACGAAUGGGCCAUUCCGCUCAUCAAACAGGGCAGAAUGGAUGAACUAUUGGACAGGAAACUGGAUCUGCCUGGGAAUAUCAAGCCUCUCAAGCAGUUGAUAAACCUGGCCCUUAAGUGCGUUCGAUCAUCUCGCCUCAGGCGCCCCUCCAUGUUGUGCGUUGUUGAUGAUUUGAAAGAGAUUCAGAAAAAAGUUUCGGGUUCAGCAGUGGAUGGUAUGACACGGUUCGUCAUGCGAGGUGUGAAUGCACAGCGGCCAUGGCCUGCAGCAUCUGCUCGUAGAGCAACAAAAGUGUCUUCUCACCCUAACCACAAGAGGUUGUUGUCGCGGGUCUCUAGGUUAGCAGAGCAGGAGGCCACAAUGAUCAACUCUGAACAGGAAGACGGGCCUGGCCAAACCCCUGCUGAUGAUCAACCCACUGCAGCCGAAGUUUGUUCUGCACAUGUCUUCCCUGACAAGCCUGUGGCGACAAAUACCUGCGUUGAAGAGGUUCCUACACGAAUUAGUGUUGACGAAGGCGACGACAGUCGUGUAGCUGAUGGGAGUGCUCAAGAUCCUCGCACAUCCUGGAGGCUCUCAACUCCCUACAGUACGGAUUACAGCGAAGUUGAAUCAGAGACAACUUUUGAGGAUUUCAAGUCCGCAAGUGCCUCUUUUAGGUCCAGUAGUGCAAGUGCGACGGUGGACAUAGACGAGGAGAUGUGUGACGACGAUGCAGUGUCUAGUGCCAACUGGUUGAAAACGCAUGCCGCUAAGUCCAGGUCACGAGUAUCGACCUCUAAAAAGCCGUCAGCACCGCUAUCUCCGUGUGUCAGUCCGGGGAUUUCACAUGAGCUGGGGCUUACUCCACCUCAUGAGCCUUGUAACAAUACUGAAGCCGAGGUUAUGGACUUCGUUAUAGGCGAAGUGAUAGGCGACCCUUUGUGUGAAAUAUCGCAGGUACAGGAUCUGAUUACUUCUCAGUACGACCUAGUUGAGCACCCAGUGAGUCGAUCCUCGUCUCGAAGUGGAAGUGGAUCUGUCCGAUUAAGUUACCAGCCAAAACUUUUGGAACUGCAGAGUGCCCAGCUGAAGGCCAUGAAUGAAGAGUUCAGGACAAUGCCAAGGGUGGGGUCAAGUGAUCAAUUGGAAGGGUAUGUGCUUCGAACAUCUAGUGCCCGUGAACUAGAAGCCUUCAGCCUCCCGAAUGACAACACCGGAGCAGCUUCUCGCAGGACAGCCUAUGUAGCUAUCAAGACAUUAGCAACCACUUGUCUAGGUGCAGCUGUAAAACCCUGUGUCCGACUUAAAGAAGAAGAACAUCUCACCAGGACAUCAUCGUAUGCCCUGGGUACAUAGCGAUAACUGUAGAGUAAACCCCGAUUAGAGGAUAUUUCCUGUUCGAUGUCAACUGGACUUGGAGCUCAGCCAUGACUGCGGCAAAUGAGACAGGCACGCAUCCUCUGGUUCCUGUAAAUUAGAUUUGAAUGAGCUUCAGAAAAUACCUGGAGCUGAUGCUGCUGCUUUCCAGCUCCUUUCGCAUUGCACAGUUCCCCGUGCAGCGUGGCUCUCGUUCUGUUGAGAUGUAAAGACUCAUUGAACCCCUCUCUCUGGUUUAUAUCACAUCCUUUUUAUUAAACCAAUUUUGAACGAG